AUGGUUGAAUUGGUUCCGUUUCUGGUUCUGGUUCAGGCUCAGGCUCAGGCUCUAAAUCUAGAUGCUGUUGGAAAUAAGGGUGAUGAAAAGGAAAGGUUGGGUCUUGGUAUUGAUAGUGUUUAUGAGAAGAGUUUUGUUCAUCGUCUUCUUCUUGCUCAUUUGGAACAUGGUGGUGAGGGUGCUGUUGGUUGUGUUGAUGAUGAUAAAGAGGAUGGUGAUUUGUUCUGGGAGGAUCCAGACUCAGACCCUUAUUGUGUUUAUCUUCUUCCAGCUUUUAACACAACACUACUAUACUAA